AAACAUUUAAACCAAAAAAUAAAUAAAGUACAUUAUUUUCUUAUCACUCAUUCUUUAUUAAAAAAAGUACUCUAAAAAAUAAAAAAAAAUUACGUAUAUUUAUAAAUAAUAAUAAUAAUAAUAAUAAAAAAAGGAUAUUGUUAUUACCAAAUCCCCCAAUUUUCAUCGACGAUAAUGCUCUACUCUGUGUAGCAGCCUUCUGCUAUAUCCCGACGACACUGUCUCUGCUGUCAAAGAUUCUCUCUUUCUUUUCAUUUUCUCUCUCCUCCUUCUUCUUUCUUCUUUCUCUCUCCUCAUUGUUUCUCUGAAAACCCUAAUUAUGUUUCUCUCUCCUCAGAUCUCCCUUUUUUAACUCCCCCCAAAUCUUCAUUUUCCCCCAUUUUCCAAUUUUUUUUAUUACUAAUUUAAUCCCAAAUAAAAUUAAAAUUGAAAAAAAAAUACUUUAAUGGGGUGUGCGAGCUCCAAGCUCGACGACCUCCCGGCGGUAAUACUUUGCCGGGAAAGAGUAGACUUCCUUUCUCAGGCGUUACAUCAACGGUACGCAUUUGCUGAAUCACACGUGGCGUACAUCCACUCCCUUCAAUCUGUCGGCGAUUCUCUUCACCGCUUUUUCGAUUCUUCCGCCGGAAUUCCUCCGCCGUCGCCGGUCCUUGACCUCCCUCCUCAACGGAAACUCGCCGCCGACGAUUUACCCCCAACGUCUGCUGCUCCUGCUAUUGAUUCCGGUCAUCUCUCUCACUCUAAUUCUGGGUCCCACCUUCAUUUUCACACUGAUUCCGAUGAUGACGACGACGAUGAUUCUGGGUCUGGUUCUCUUCACCACCAUCUCCAUGAUUCCCCUCCUCGAAAUUCUAUUUUGAUUGACGGAACUCCGGAAGCUGAUGCCGGCGGCGGCGGAGGGUAUAUUCCGGGAGGUGGAGGGUAUAUUCCGGGAGCUGGUGGGUAUAUUCCGGGAAGUGGGUUUAAUCCGUAUAUGUAUACAAAUGGAGGAAAUGGGUAUAAUAUGCAGAUGAAUUAUAUGAAGAAGCAUGUAACGCCGUCUGUAUCGUAUGAACAGAGGCCGGUAAGUUAUCAGACUGAGACAGUACAGUAUGGUGAUCCGUCUUCUUCUUCUUCAAGUAAUUAUUAUGAUUAUUUUGGUGGUGGAGGUGGUUAUGGUAAUAAUUAUAAUAAUAGUAUUAAUAAUAAUUAUAAUAAUAGUAAUGGUAAUAUUAAUAGUAAUAGUAAUGGGUAUAUGGAUUAUGGUGGUUAUUUUGGGAAUCAGGCCCCACCACAACCACCAAGAGGUGGUGGUGGAUAUGGUGGUUGGAAUGGUGGGCCGCCGCCGCCGAUGGGGCAAACAAAGCAGGCUCCACCACCACCUCCGCCACCGCCGCCUGCGACGUCGGCUUGGGAUUUUAUGAAUUUGUUUGAGAGUAUUGAUAAUCAUUAUACAUCUUAUACCCCUAGUAGGGAUUCUAGGGAGGUGAGGGAAGAAGAGGGUAUUCCUGAUUUGGAGGAUGAGGAUAAUCAGCAUGAGGUUGUGAAGGAAGUUCAUGGGCAUCAGAAAUUUGUUGAUGAUAGUAAUAAUGCUGGGGGUAGUGGUAGUGUGAGUGGUGGUGGUGGGGUGGGUGAGGGGAAGGGUGAUUCGAAACGAGCUGAGGUUGAGGAGGUUGUUGGGGUGAGUGAGGGUGAUGGUGGUUUGUAUAGAGCAAGGCCUAGCGCGUCGUCGCCUGAGAGUACCCCGGUGGAGUAUGAGGUUCAUAUGGUGGAAAAGAAGGUGGUUGGUGAGGAGGGGAAGUCAGAACAGCAAGGUAAAGGCGGUGGAAGGCCAGGAUUUAAGAAUGUUUUUGAAGUUGUGAGGGAAAUUCAGGUGCAAUUUGAGAGGGCUGCCACUUCUGGGGGUGAGAUUGCUAAGGUGCUGGAGGUUGGUAAACUCCGGUAUCAAAGAAAGAAUGCAGCUUACCAAGUUUCUACAAAGAUGCUGAAUGUGAUUACUCCAUCAUUACCCUCUUCAUCGAAAGACGAGGCUUCUCUAGACCUUGAUGAAGCUGUGCAAUUACGAUCAGCUAAUCUUUCAGCUACCUUGCAAAAAUUGUAUCUUUGGGAGAAGAAACUCUUUGACGAAGUCAAGGCUGAAGAAAAAAUGAGGGUUUCACAUGAUAGAAAAUUGGCAAAAUUAAACCAUUUGGUCGAAAAAGGUGCUGAACCCACCAAGAUAGAAUCAACAAGAAGCGUGGUGAGGAGUCUGUCCACAAAGAUAAGAAUUGCAAUUCAAAUCGUUGACAGGAUCUCAGUAAAAAUAAAUAAGCUCAGAGAUGAAGAGUUGUGGCCUCAGUUGAAUGAGUUAAUUCUAGGCCUGAGUAGAAUGUGGAAAGCCAUGCUUGAAUGCCAUCAUAGUCAGUGCGAGGUGAUUGACGGGGCAAGGGGUCUAGAUGCAAUUGCAUUUCCUAGCAAUCCCACCGACACGCAUCUGGAAGCUUCCUUGCAGCUUGAACAUGACCUUCUAAAUUGGACAUACCGGUUCACUGAAUGGAUUGGUGCGCAAAAGGGUUAUGUCAGAGCCUUAAAUCUUUGGCUUCUAAAAUGUAUUUUGAAUGAACCCGAAGAAACAGCUGAUGGAAUAGCUCCUUUCUCACCUGGAAGGGCAGGGGCACCUCCAAUCUUUGUUAUAUGCAACCAGUGGGAUCAAUCAUUGGAAAGAAUAUCAGAGACAUCUGAGAAAAAUUUGAUUGAUUCAAUGCGUGUGUUUGCCAUGAUAGUUUUACACUUCAGAGAACGGGACAAAGGUGAACUACGGCAGAGAAUGACAGCAAAUAGAGAUAUGGAGAGGAAAGUUAAGAACUUGGAGAAAGAAGAUAUAAAAAUGCAAAAGAAGAUGGUUCUAGCUUCUGGGGACUCUGAUGGUCUCUCCUUAUCUGGCAAUGUUGUUUAUCAGAGUGAUACCAGCAGCAAGACUAGUUUACAGGCUGGUCUACGACAUGUAUUUGAAGCCUUGGAUAGGUUUACAACAGAUUCCGUGAAAGUUUACGAGGAGCUCCUUCAACGCACUGGAGAGGUGUUACGAGAACAUGGAAAUGUUUCAUAGUUGACAUUGCAGUAGAAUCGCGUUGAUCUAAAAUUCUCAAUACUUGCUUGUUGAAUCUGCAGUAUGCUGUUCCUCGGUGUCUUGUGCAGCAACACCCUGAAAUUAAAGCAAGAGCUUUGGCUUUGGUGAGGAGUUGGAUAGCCAUUGCCUAAGCAGGUAAAUCGUAAUUAUUUGAAUUUUGUAAUGAUAGGAGCUAUAGUUUAGGACUUUCUGGGUUGGGGGGACGCAAGUCUUGUCUUUGUAAGUGCCCAGAAUUUAGAGAUGUACCGUGUAUAGAAAAUCUUAGGGAUCAGGUGUAAGAGUUAUUUAGUUGUACAGAAUCUUGGAGACUGACAUUGAGGCCUAUUUAUUACAUACACCGAUAGGAAGUUCUUCUGGAACUAGUGAUUGAAAUUUGUUGUUGUUAUUCAUAAUAAAGCGGUUUUGGUUCCCUUGAAUUGAUUAUUAUUAUGCAGCUUGUGUUCAUUUUUUGUAGCCAUUCUAGUUUUACCAGCAUUUGGACAACCUGCAAGAAAUUGGAACUCUUUAAAGACUUCAAAAAAAAUGGGAGAAACUGGUGUCUUUGUGCAUGUUAUGGCAGUCAACUAGACAUACACUCACGCAUACGGCAUACCAAUCAUUAUUAAGUGAUGAUUUUGGUCAAUGUAUUAUCCCGUUUCACCCUUUUCAUUAAUUUUCCAACAACAAAUUCACAUCCAUAAUUCCCCAAAUUCUCAUUCCCACAUGCCAAGCCAAGCGCCCUAACAAUGAGUCAAAAAAAAAAAAAAA